CCGGCUACUAAACCGAUUCACACGUGCUUAGUUUGGUUUGUCACGUACGAGUUAAUUAAUUUAAAGUAAACAGUGACCAAUUCCAAAUAAGAAUCUGAGCAAAGAGACGAGCAUUGGAAUCGGUUUCGCUCUUCCCUUCGAGAUCACACAAAAAAGUCAUCAUGUGGAGAAGAAUAGUCUCUUCUCAUCUCAAAACCCUAGCGUCCGAUGUCGCCGCCGCCGCCGCUUCUCCUCAUCGAUCGAUUGCCACAGCCGCGAGACACGUUGGUGGCUUCUCUCUAGCCGCCAAUCGAUCAGCCGUUUCCGUUAUCCCUCGCCAUUUCAGCUCUGAAUCAGUAGAGACGGUUACAAAGAAGAAGGUGGAGGAUGUAAUGCCGAUUGCUACUGGUCAUGAGAAAGAAGAGCUUGAAGCUGAAUUGGAGGUGACUCUCAAUGCAUUUUUAAUCAUUCAUAUAUGA